UGUWCACAUAUCCGUUCACUGCUUUACAAUGUCAUAAAAUGAGGCGCUCAGAGCAUUUGCAAAUACAUUCUUCGUUUUGUGCUGCUGACACCAAGACGCAAUGUGGUUCGAAAGUUUACUGCUCCUACUACUCCUUAUUGGAUUGGCAUACGUUUGGUUGCGCUAUCGGUAUGAUUAUUGGCAGCGCCAUCAGGUGCCACAUUUGACGCCCACUUACGGCGUGGGCAAUUUAGGUGGCCUCUUUUCAAUGCAACGCAGUCCAGCAGAGUUUGUGCAGAGUCUUUAUGAACAUCCAGAAGGUCGRAGCGAACCGUUCGUUGGCGUACAUGUCUUCACACAACCGGCCGUUCUAUUGCGUGAUCCGGAACUUGUGAAACGCAUUUUGGUGAAGGACUUUUCCAAGUUUUGCGAUAGAUUUUCCAAUUCCGAUUACAAAGGCGAUCCAUUGGGUUCUUUAAAUAUAUUUUUUCUGCGUAAUCCUGCCUGGAAGGAGGUACGCUUCAAGUUAUCACCAUUCUUUUCCAGUAGAAAACUGAAGCAUAUGUUUCCUUUGGUGGAGGAGGUCGGUCGCGAGCUCGACAAAUAUUUGCUCUCUCAAACCGUUGAGUGCAAYGAAACACAAWCUUUCGUGAUGGAAAUGAAAGAGCUGUGCGCUCUCUACACAACGGACGUGAUAGCGACUGUCGCUUACGGCGUUCAAGCGAACUGUUUCAAACAACCGAAUGGCGAAUUUCGUCGACAUGGUCGCGCUGUGUUCAAGUUCAGUGUGCGGCGUUCACUAGAAUUUACGAUUGUUUUYUUCAUGCCACACUUAGUACCGUAUCUAGGUUUYAAAGUAGUGCCACCUACCUCUACAGAGUUCCUGCGUACCACAAUCAACUAUGUGAUGGAACAACGUGAGUUGUCGGGCGAAAAACGUAACGAUCUAAUCGAUAUACUUAUUGAGUUUAAAAAUUCGACCAAAAAUAAAAAAUCUGCCAGUGGACUCAUCUAUGAGGGUGACAUUUUAGUGGCACAAGCGGCGCUUUUCUUCACAGCCGGCUUUGAGUCGUCCUCGGCUACAAUGUCCUUUGCACUGUAUGAGCUUGCGAAGCGUYCAGAUUUGCAGCAACGUGUACGUGACGAAAUUGCCGCGGGCCUAGAGCACACUGGCGGCAAAGUGACAUACGAAUUUAUCGAAUCAUUGGCGUAUAUGCAAAUGGUAAUCUGUGAGGUAUUGCGCCUCUAUCCACCGCUACCGUUUCUCGAUCGGCAAUGCACUGCGCCGUUGGYGGAAGAUGGUUACUCGUUGGAACCGUUUCACARAUAUCGUUUGCCACACGGCAUGCCAGUCUACAUACCGGUUUAUGGCCUGCAUAUGGAUCCGAAGUACUACCCAGAACCGUCGAAAUUCGAUCCAGAGCGUUUUGCACCACACAACAAGAAACAGUUGACACCUUACACUUAUAUGCCAUUUGGACUGGGUCCGCACGCUUGCAUUGGCGAACGCUUCGCUAUGCUACAAACCAAAAUCGGACUCACCUAUUUACUACUUAACCACAAAGUGACGACUUGUGCGCGCACCAAGAUUCCCAUGCAGCUGGAUCGCAAGGCGGUCGUGAUACAGGCCGAAGGCGGUAUUUAUCUGAAUGUUGUGCGUAGUCCGCUAUGCGAGCGUAUAUAGU